GCUAAGCAUUUCUUUUGUUUAUCUUUGGAGAAUUGGAGGUACUCUCUCUCUUUUUCUCUAUCAGUUGCCAUUGUUGACCACGCCUACUAUCCCCCUUUGAAUAUUUAUUUACCUUUGGUUGUUUUUCAUAGACAAAACUCAUGAAACAACUCAAUCCAUUGGUGGGUUUUCCUCAGUGUUAAAGGAAAAAGGUUCAUUGCCGUUGUUUCUUCUUGGGUCUUUGUGAUCUCCUCAUUAGCGCUGGGGUUUGAUUGAGAGUUUUCGUCAAACACAAGGUGGGCAACUCUUAAAGUCAAAGUGUUAGCUUGUUGCGGUUGGAUUGUAUGCUCUCUCAAUUUUCUUUUCUCCCCGUAAAUGUGUGUGCUUUUCUUUUCAACCGUGGUGUUUCAUUAGUUUAUUGGCUUUUACCCGUUUCCUGAGAUCGUGGGUCUACGUUGUUAAUAGUUUGGCUUUUUGUUGAUAAAGCUUAGUUUUUUAAGUUUAGAGUUCGAACUGUGAUUUUGGGUUUUCUGGGUUGGUUUUGAAUCCUUCUUUUUCGUCUGUUUUUGAGAAACUUAUAAGGGAUGAAAGGAAAAAUUGGGACACCAGGAGGAAGUUACUUUGUGUUAAACAAUGGAGCUAGAAUCCCUGCUGUUGGGCUUGGGACAUGGCAGAGUGGUGGAGACCUCUGUGUUGAAGCUGUGAAAAUGGCAUUGUCAGUAGGUUACCGCCAUAUAGACUGUGCACAUCUUUAUGGGAAUGAGGUUGAAGUUGGAGAAGCUUUGGCUGAAGCAUUCAUGGGGUCUCUUAAGAGAGAAGAUAUUUUUUUGACUUCUAAGCUUUAUUGUACCAUGAACUCGCUCAAUAAGAUUGAGAAUUGUGUUAGAGUUUCCCUUAAGAAUCUUGGGGUUUCGUAUUUAGAUCUAUAUUUGAUGCACUGGCCUGAAAGCUCAGCCUUUGGUGAUGCCACUGAUCCUCCAUCCAAGUCUGGAAGUGAGUAUAGGCAGUUCUUGAAUCGGUUGAAGAAAGCUUGGAAAGCCAUGGAAGGUUUGGUUGAGUUGGGUCUGGUUAGAGCAAUUGGAGUUAGCAAUUUCAGCAUUCAGCAGAUAAAAGAGUUGCUUAAGUUUGCAAAGAUUGUACCUGCAGUAAAUCAGGUGGAGUUGCAUCCCUUUUGGAGGCAAGAUGAACUUGUUAAGUUCUGCCAAUUAAAGGGCAUACAUGUAUCAGCUCACACACCUUUGGGAGUACCUUCUUCAGCUCCUGGACCAUCUGAUAGCAGUUCUGGUGGGGAAGAUGAACCCGGAACUCCUCGCAUAUCAUUCAGGAGAUCAAGAUCUGUGCAUGGGCCUAUGCUGAAAUUAUCAGUCGUUGCAGAGAUAGCAGACAGACACAAGAAAACACCUGAACAGAUUAUUUUACGCUGGGGGCUUCAAAGAGGAACCAGUGUGUUACCUUGUAGUCUGAUGAGUGAAAGGAUAAGAAAGAAUGUAGACAUUUUCAGUUGGUCAGUAUCGGACGAGGAGUGGAACCGGUUGAACCAGAUCGAGCCACAGGUAUGCUUGUUUGGAAAUAGUCCUCUGAAUAAGUUUUCAGACAGUGCUUUUGUGUUUGGAAGUGGUCCACUUCAGGCUGUGCAUGAGAUGGAAGAUGAUCUGGAGUCCAAUGUGUAAUAUACUUUUUCGGUUUCAUGUUCUGUGUCUUCUUACAUUCAAAGAUGUAAUAGCUUGUUAUAUUUUGUAUGCCAAUUAUUUUUGUGUUUUGAUUU